AUGGCCUCAGUUGUUCAGCACCCGCUGUCGGCUGCUGAGAGGACGUUGCCGGACGCAGUGCAUCCCGUCACCGACGUCCUGCGGCCCGGCUCUCGCGCGAGCAGUGCCACCAUCCCGCCCUUGGACUCGUCCCCCUUGCCUCUCGCCCCCACAACCUCCCAUGCCCCCACCGGCCCCCACAACAAUCUACCCACCCACUUACCCUCACCGACUGCGACAAACCCAAGUCUCUGGGAAAGGCUACCAGAGGUUCUUGGAUUCACCGGCCGCGACGAAUACCCCAGGCACAGGCGUCAAGAGCUCGUGUACACCGUCGUGUCGACCGUGUUCAAUGUCGCUCAGGCACCUGAUGCGAGCCUUGGGUCUUUUCAGGUCGUCGUAAUCCUCACCCUCACGAUUCUGGCUGCCCAGCCGCGCCCAGCCGGCCAUGCAAACACUGCCCUAUCGGAGCGGGAUGCCUGCUCGGAAAUGUACGGCCUGGACAUCUUUUGGCUCGCGAGGCUUCUUCCCAGAUGCGUCACUUUGUGGGUUAUAUUCUGGCACAACGGACCACGGCGAGUCCCACCACUUCCUGACGCGGUGCUGGCUCCUCCCACUUCGACCACCACACCCCCACACCCAUUGGCUCCCAUGAACGCAACCCGCCCCGCAAGAAGGGGUACCAGCGAGACCACCCAAUCUGAAGCGGUCGACUUCCUCCCGGGCGCGUUCGCGUACGACGCAUCGCAAAUUUGCCCGCUCACGAGCUCGUCCCGAGUAUGCCUGUUCUGGCACAAGAUCGUAGAUCCCGUCCUCAUCUUCAUCUGGCUAUUCCUAUACGUGUCCUUCGUCGUCCAACAUGCUCGCUUCUGUCACCGGCAUGCUCUCAUGGUCGCCGGCCUCACGGAUGCUAUAUUGACGGUGAUUUCUAUCACAUUACUGCUCAGGGCAGCAAUUUGGUUCCUACGCCGCACUCGCAUUGCGGCAGCACAGCCUGCGCCGCGGCCAGACAGGCUUUCGAAAGCCGAAGUGGACCUAAUACCUCUCGUUUUCUAUGCACCCCAAGAACCAUCCGGCGGCACCAAGGUCACGACGCACUCCCCCUCUCCCCAUUCAUACCCUCCUGCGAAGCCCUUCGGCGGGCAUCGCUUCGCCCUGUUUCGUCCCUGCCAUACGAGGAUGACCAGCAAGGAUUCGGACCUCGAGAGCGGGGAGGCCGCUACUAUGGAAUAUGUACUGCGCAGCUGGAAGCCGGGCGAGAUCCCCUUCGUGACCCUCGACACGAACCACGAUACCUGUUCCAUCUGUCGGGAGGAGUAUCAAGCUCCGGCACGCGGUGUCCAGAUGGCUUCGAAGCCCAACCAACCUUCGGCGGGCACUGAGAACCAGGGAGCGGUACACGAGGCGACGUCCAGUCAAGAUGGCGCAAGCGACGGGGGCUGCUGCGACUGCUGGGAUGUCGCCACGCAUUCCACGCCAACUGAGUUCACGGUCGUGAUGCAGAAAGCAUGCAUUGAUCGGUGGUUGUUGGACGAGUGUGGACGAUGUCCCUUGUGCGGUGCUGCCGUUGAAGUCGCACCUCCCCACAAGAAGCGCUGGUAG